GAGGUGAUUUUGAGAAUCAUGGCCAGCGUCCUCCGAUCCAUGCGCCUGGCCGCCGCCGCGCCCCGUGUCAUCGCGUUGAACGCCAAGAGCGCGAGCGUCUCGAGCGCGCGCUUCUUUAGCAGCGACAAGAGCAACGAUGGCGAAGGCAAGGCUCCGUACAAGAACCGCUGGUACGUGGCCAAGGACAAGAAGGCCGCGCCGGUGGGCGCCACGGACGAUGCCUUGUACAACUUGUCGCCUGAGGACCAGGUCCCUGACGAGCACACGGACUUGCCGACGCUCCCGGAAGGGCACACGUUUACGCUCGGCGAAGGCGCGUACGAAGAGACGCUCGAGUACCCGCAGCGCCUCAACCAGGACGAGCUCGCCCAGCUCGUUGAGAACCAGCGCGACUUUGUCAUGGACGACGAAGACGACGACGACGACGACUCGCCGUCGCUCCAAGACAAGUCGUUCAACAACUGGGACCAGGGUGAUGUCUACCUUCCGGAGAUGAUGAACUGGAUGCUGCCUCGUCACAAGCGCACGCCGAUGAAGCCUGAGCCAAAGAAGGCCUGGACCGAGUUUGUCAAGGCCGACCUCGACCCCGUCGAGCUUGCCCUCAACACGGACUUGCUCCGCCUCUUCAUCUCGCCCAACGGCCGCAUCGUGCCCCGUCGCUUUACGGGCCUUCGCGCCAAGCAGCAGCGCCAGCUCACCGCGGCUGUCAAGGUCUCGCGUCAGAUUGGUCUGCUUCCGUACACUUCGCGGUACCCGUUGCCGUCCCCGAACAGAUGGAAGCCAUGACGCAGGAAGCCGUCUCGCGCAUCAACUUUGCGGCGCUCGAGAACAUGGCUGAUGAGGUCGAUGAGGCCGACGAGCAGUUCGAUGAAAUGUAGGUAGAUAAAGAUACGGGUGAAGGCCGUGAUAUCUUAGACAAACCCUGUGCCUUUAUCCUACUUUGCGC